UUACAUGGGCUCAGAAAUAUUUCUCGUUGCCCAAAUGAAGCCCAGAAAAGAAACCACUCUCCUACUCCUAGCAAACCUAAAAACCUUCCGACUUGAGGAAGACGUCUUCGCUGGAGAACAUACUAAGGAGAUGAGUCAGAGUUGUGUACGAAGGGAAGAGCUGGAUUUUUUCAACUUCCCGGAGGGGUUUCCACCAAGACGUUGGGACUUUGGCUGGAUACGUGCGGAAUGUGGUGAAGGGCGUGUAUACCCUAACUGCGCCUUGGCGAAUCUUUAUGCCAAGCUCGGCCUUCAUCGCUACAACUGGUUAGAGGGGACAAACUUUGAGCUAGAUAGCUUAAUGAAAUUCAUCAUGCGUGGUGCUGCAUCUCCUUAUUACAUGACCUUGGUUGCGCGUCUUCCAUCUACCGGUUUCCAGCAAGUGUUUCAGGUUCUCGUACGGGAAGUACAUCUUGGCAUUUUGGAUUUGAAAUGCACCAUCUCUAGACCUCAAGGAUCCGAGAGUUCAAAGGAGUCAACUCCUUUCUUACGUCCACAUUCCGAGCCAGUGUCUACAACCUUCCCAGACAGAUUGGCUGGCUGGAACAGGACCAAGUCAGUAAUUCCAUGGCCCUCCACUUUCAGUGACACAAAGCAGCGUUUUUACAUGUUGAAUGAAUCUGAGUUGCAAUGUGAUUGGAUUUCUUUGUAUGUGGAACUUGCAAUCUGUACUUCACAUAGGUGGAUUACUGCUAGGGAUCUCUCCAAGUUUGACUUGGAGAUUGUCCAAGUAGCCAUUGAGUCUCUAGAUGAUAAGGAACCCCCAAGUCUCAAGUCUGAAGCUGCGGUCAUCUACAUAGCAUACAAGGACUUGGCCAAGGCUAGGACUGGUGAGCCUUAUCACUACCAAGCUGUGGUGAGACGAAUCGUCGACGGGGCUAUAGGAAAAUUGAGCAUCCAAGGUGAUUGUUGGAUUGCAGAAGAAGCAGCAACGGCGGCUUCGGCUUUGGCAGCUUCUAAGAAGGGAUCCCGAAAGCUUAAGCGUCGCUUAGGAGUUCCUAAGCUGUGGAGGUUGUCUAGUCCUAGGUGGUAUCAGACGUACAAGAACCGUGGUCUCCGCUCUUCCCCCACGAGUUGACUUAUCAACUCUAUUUAGUAAUUUAAGACAUUUGAACAUGCAUAUCAGAUUGUGGUAGUAUUUUAACUAUUUAUUAGUGAUGCUUAUGUGUUGUGUGCUUUUGGUCUCUGUUUAAGACAUUUGUAUCGGAUGGAGUAGUAUUUAACUAUUAUUAAUUUGUGCUUUUGGUUUCUCUGUUUAUGCUUUUGGCAUAGACAUUUGAAGGUGUGUAUUGGAUGGUAGUAUUGAACUACUGCAUGAUGCUUAUG